AUGUCCUACCGCAACAACGACCGCAGCGCCGGCGGCGGCUACCGCGACUACGACAGUCCGCCGCACGGCGAGCGCGACCGUGCCUACGACGGCGGCCGUGGCGGCGGCGGCGGUGGAGGAGCGGCGCCGUACGAUCGCGGCCUGCCGUACCGCGAGCGCGGCGGCGAGCGCGAGCCGUACCGUGCGGGGCCGGGCGAGCGAGGUCCGCCGCCGCCGCCGCGCCGCAGCAACAGCCCGCCGCCGCGGAGAGGAUACGAGCAGCGUGGGCCCCUGAGCGGGAUGCGUGGCGGUCGCGCCGACCCGUACCCGCCAGCCGGCCGAGGUCCGCCGCCACCACCGCGAGAGCGCGACGGCUACGGUGAGCGUGCCGCUCCACCGCCGCCUCGCGAGCGUGACGGCUAUGGCGAUCGGGCACCUCCUCCGCCACGCGAUCGCGAUGCGCACGCCGACCGCGCUCCGCCGCCGCGAGAGCGCGAUAGCUACGCCAGGGACCCGCGAGGACCGCCGCCGGGCCGCGAGCGCGAGCCGUACCGCGGCGCCGAGCGCGGCGUGCCGCCGGCGCGCGAGCGUGAGGACGCGUAUGGACGCGCACGAGAGCGCUCGCCGGAGCGCUCGGUGCGGGAGCGGGAGCGCGAUGCGCCGUCGCGGCGGGAGCGGGAGCGCGAUGCGCCGUCGCGGCGAGAGCGCGACGAUUACCGCGAAGAGCAUGCGGCGCACGACGAGGAGGGACCCUCAGAGCGCGCCUCUGGCAAGGGACGGGCGGAGAAGAAGCAGGAGGAGGAGGAGGAAGAGGAAGAGGUGCAGGGCGAGGACGACGCAGCGAUGAUGGCCAUGAUGGGCUUCGGCAACUUCGGCACGACCAAGAACAAGAAGGUCGAGGGCAACGCCGAGGGCUUUGCCGAGGUCCGCAAGGAGCGUACCUGGCGCCAGUACAUGAACCGCGUCGGCGGCUUCAACCGGCCGCUCGACCAUAUCAAGUGA